CAGCUGGUUGAAAUUCCAGGAGUGGACAGAAUGGACACCAAUUCCUCUCUCCCCAUGAAUGCAUCUGGAGGAGCUCACACUGCAUCUGCUGGUUAUGUUGUCCUGGAUGUCUUCUCAUAUUUGGUAUUUGCAAUCACCUUUGUCCUUGGUGUCCUGGGCAAUGGGCUUGUGAUCUGGGUGGCCGGCUUCCGGAUGACACGCACGGUCACCACCAUCAGUUAUCUGAACCUGGCCAUAGCCGACUUCUGCUUCACCUCCACUUUGCCAUUCUUCAUGGUCUCGAAGGCCAUGGAAAGACACUGGCCUUUUGGCUGGUUCAUGUGCAAGUUCAUUUUUACUAUAGUAGACAUAAACCUUUUUGGAAGUGUUUUCUUGAUUGCUCUCAUUGCCCUGGACCGCUGUAUUUGUGUCCGGCAUCCAGUCUGGGUCCAGAACCACCGCACCGUACGUCUGGCCAAGAGGGUGAUCAGUGGACCCUGGAUUCUUGCUCUGCUCCUGACCUUGCCAGUUAUCAUUCGUGUGACUACAGUGACUGACAUAAAGGGGAAGACGUACUGCACUUUUAAUUUCUCACCCUGGACCACAGACCCUGUAGAGAAGAUGAAGGUGGCCAUCACCAUGUUGACACUCAGAGGCAGCAUCCGGUUCAUUAUUGGCUUCAGUGCACCCAUGUCCAUCGUUGCCAUCUGCUAUGGGCUCAUUGCCACCAAGAUCCACAGGCAAGGCCUCAUUAAAUCCAGUCGACCCUUGAGGGUUCUCUCUUUCGUCGUAGCUGCCUUUUUUGUCUGCUGGUUUCCGUAUCAGGUAGUGGCCCUCAUAAGCACAAUCAGAAUCAAAGAACUCUUGGGUGGAAUGAGCAAAGAAUUUAGAAUUUUAGUGGAUGUGACAAGUGCCUUGGCCUUCUUGAACAGCUGCCUCAACCCAAUACUCUACGUGUUCAUGGGCCAGGACUUCCGAGAGAGACUGAUCCAUUCCUUGCCUGCCAGUUUGGAGAGGGCUCUGAGUGAGGACUCAGCCCAGACCAGUGACACAGCAACCAACUCUACUUCACCUCCUGCAGAGGCUGAGUUACGGGCAAUGUGA